GAGAGAGAGAUAAUAAAUUAAUCGGAGCACGAUGAACUUGUUGCGUAUCAGAAGUUCAGAACUCAUCAAAAGGAAAGUAAUCAAAGCUCCAAAACAUCUCUGAUUCCUCAUUCCUUCCCCCGUCUGAGAUUUCUUUCGUCCCCUCCACUUCUGAGUUCUGACCAUGGCGGCUUCCACUUCCCUAGCAACAGCCUUCCUUCAAGUCCCCAAUUCAAAUCCUAACCCAACCCUUAAUUAUACUGAUUUAAUGAAUUAUUCCCACCAGCCGGAGUUCGAACUUUCCGAUUAUCUGCUUCUGGAAGACGGAUCGAUAGAAGAUUCCAUGUCCAGCCACCACAUCGGAUGCCAUCCGGAGAACCCAGUUUUACCGGAAAAGGCCAUCACUGACUCAACUGGAUACACCACCAACUCCGUUACUUACGUCGCCGAUACGUCCACAAGUAGCAACAUAAAAUGCAAAAGUGGAGUGAAGAAAGUUAAGAUGGAUGUAGGCUCCAGAGUUGCAUUCAGAACCAAAUCUGAGCUUGAGGUCAUCGACGAUGGAUUUAAAUGGAGAAAGUACGGGAAGAAGACGGUGAAGAACAGUCCAAACCCGAGGAAUUACUAUCGCUGCUCAAGUGGAGGAUGCAAUGUGAAGAAGAGAGUGGAAAGAGACCGUGAGGACUCGAGGUAUGUGAUAACGACGUAUGAGGGUGUGCACAAUCAUGAAAGCCCGUGUGUGGUUUAUUACAACGAAAUGCCAUUAAUGGUUCCUAGUGGAUGGACUUUGCAAGCUUCACAUUCACACUCAUCAUCCUCUUGAGAAGAUCGACGCUACGUCGUCUCAUACUCUCAUCUCUGUGUCGUUGUUUGUUUUCUACUCCACAUGGAGACGAGACGCAAUUAAUGCUAAUGGGGAAGGAACGAAGCGAAGGAGGGAUAUGUAUGAAUCAACAUGAUCCCAACUCAUCAUACUCUUAUCUUUAUUUAUUACUGUCAUUUAUCAUCAGAAUCCUUGUAAUUAACUAAUAACAUAUAUUAAUUUACAUCUCUCUCUCUCUCUCUAACCAGCUGUAAGGAUUGGUAGGUUUGAUACCAGCUUACCCUCUGGUAGCUGGAGUGUUCUGGUCUGACCCUGGGCUGGGAUAAUGGAUACUGAUGAUUCAUAUCCAUGGCUAAAGAGCGAAAUUAACCAGUAAAACUGUUUGGUUCUUUCA